AUUACUUCGACCUUUUCCUUUAAAACCUCUUCCACUUUUCUGUUCUCUCUAUUUCUCCUGCUUAUAUCGUUGCACUAAUUUCGCAACAAUUACAAUCAAUUUCUCAAGAAUUUUAUACUUUGUAGCACUUCUUCUUCAGCUUCAAUCAAAGAUCGUAGUUUUUGCACAACCUGGAGGAUCAUCCAUCGCACAAAAAUUCAAUCUUUUCUUUAACAGAUAAGGAAGACAGGUAGAGUAAUAGAGAAUUGAAAAUUAAGGAUGGAUAGUCAUGAAAAAUGGGUGCAUCCAAAUAGCUUCGAACCCAACGGUCUAGUGAUAAAGGAUUGCCUGUCCGUUACGAGAUCACUUGACCCUGGAAGAUGGGCUAUAGCUGAAGAGAGAACAGCGGAACUUAUUGCACAAAUUCAGCCAAAUUGGCCGUCUGAAAAGCGCAGAAAUGAUGUAGCAUCCUAUGUGCAGCGUCUCAUAGCAAAAUCUAUGCCUUGCCAGGUGUUUACUUUUGGCUCUGUGCCCCUUAAAACUUACCUACCUGAUGGAGAUAUUGAUCUUACUGCAUUUAGUGAUGAGCCCAAUUUGAAAGAUGAUGAUUGGGUUGAAAGUGUUCUAGAUAUGCUGAGAAGGGAAGAGAAGAAUGAGCAUGCUGAAUACCAAGUGAAGGAGAUCCAGUACAUUCAAGCUGAGGUUAAGAUAAUAAAGUGCCUUGUAGAUAACAUUGUGGUGGACAUAUCUUUCAACCAGCUUGGUGGUUUAUGUACACUUUGUUUUCUUGAUGAGGUUGACAAUUUGAUAAAUCAAAACCAUAUAUUUAAACGAAGCAUCAUAUUAAUCAAGGCCUGGUGCUAUUAUGAGAGCAGGAUACUCGGGGCUCAUCAUGGGCUUAUAUCAACGUAUGCUCUGGAAACCUUGGUUUUGUAUAUUUUCCAUGUUUUCAACAAUUCCUUUGUUGGGCCACUUGAGGUGCUUUAUCGCUUUGUGGAGUUCUUUAGCAAAUUUGACUGGGCCAACUUUUGUGUCAGCCUCUGGGGUCCAAUACCUAUUUGUUCACUUCCCAGUAUGGCAGCUGAUCCUCCUCGAAAAGAUGGCGCAGAGUUACUGCUGAACGAAAUGUUUCUUCAUGCUUGUAGUACAGCAUAUUCUGUCUUCCCUAGAGGUCAAGAGAAUCAAGAACAACGUUUCAUCCCCAAACAUCUUAAUGUUGUUGACCCCUUGCGUAUAAAUAACAACCUUGGCCGUAGUGUGAACAAAGGUAACUUUUUUAGAAUCCGCAGUGCCUUCAGUUUUGGGGCCCAAAGGCUAGCCAGGAUACUUGAAUGCCAGGAAGAGGAUAUAGUGGGUGAAGUGAACCGGUUCUUUGUGAAUACAUUGAAUAGACACGGGAAAAGUUUCCAUAUUGAAGCACCUAUUGAUACAUUUCACUUGAGACAAGACUCCAGAGUUCAAGACAAUCUUAGAAAACAUAAUGAGUAUCCAACUGAACAUUCUGCUAGUGAGUAUCCUCAGAUUGAUGAAUCCCAUAGCUCUAUUGAUAUUGCUGAGGCCCUUGAUAUGGAUAAAAGUUUGCUGUCUCCUAGACAGAGGGAUUAUGAGGAAGAAUCAAGAGCACAAGUGUCUUCUGGUCGGGAUCAAUGCUACAAUUUGAGGAAAAAUUCUUCAAAGAAGAAGCAUAAUGAAAAAGAGAGAAUUUACAAGGCGAAUAUCUUGCAAAAUAGAGAGUAUGUCAGACCUCAGUUUGCUAGGACAUCUUCUAGCCCUGAACUGACAAACAUGUCUAGUGAAGCUGCAUACCUGCGCAAGCAUAAUGCGGCUACAGAAAGAAUUAAGGAAGUUCCCCGUUCAAGGUCUGAGCACAAUAGAAAAACCACAUGCUCUGUAGUGGAGGAUUGUGUUGAGAAUUGUAUUAAUGACGAAGUUCAUAAAAGGGAAAGCUCGUCUCGCCUUAGCCAUCAGACUUCUGAUUCAAGCCAUUCUCUUGGAAGCAAACCUGUUUCUAGUUCCACAAAACCAGUAGUUUUAUCUGGCGAUGAACUGACUCAGAGACAUGAGGAUGCGCAGGACUUUAAGAACUGGAUGUUUUCUUCUGGGGUUCAUAAUUAUGGUGGUCAUGUACAGAUGCCUGUGAGUCUGAUUACUCAUCCAUUUGCUUCAAUCUCACCUUCCGUCGCUGGAUAUGGACCUCAAAAAUACGAUGGCACCAUUCCGUUGACUCUGUCAGCUGUUCGUUCUGAUUGGGGUAAUGCUAUGCAAUAUUCUGAUGGUCCUUCUGAGGCUCCUCCUUAUCAGCAAUUUGAUCCAGCUGGAGUAGAACCUGAAGAAUCAGUAGGAUUAAAGGUUGGAGAAGGGACACUAGAAGUUGAUCAUCUAGAUGAAGACCAUGGUCUUUGGACUGAUAGUAAUGAAGGUUCUGUGAGAGAAAUUGAUGAUGAAAGCGAGGAUUUCUCUACUGCUAGUUCCAGAUUAUCACCUGCUUCUUCUUCUAAUUCCUAUAGGACAAAGGCGUCUUCAGAAACUUCUUGGGAUAAAAAACCCUCCAAGAUAAAGAACACAGCGAGAUACCCUGUGAAAAAGAAGUCUAGUUCAUCAAAGAAUCCCACUACGGUAGAUAAAAGUCCACGGUUAAAUGAUGGACAACCCACAGAUCAUACUUGUGUUGAUAAAUGUGCAAGCCCAUCUGGAACUUCAUCACAAGUGGGAGUACAUCAGUUACCCGGAUUUGGACGAGCUCAUAUGACUUAUCCAAAUUCAAUGCUUCCACUUGCUCCGUUGUUGGUACAUCCUGGAUCGCGUCAGGGUGCAAAUCAUAAUCAUGCAGUACCAGUUGCAUUUUAUCCUGCUGGACCAGCUUUACCAGCUCUACCGUUCGUCAUAUACAAUGUAAAUGCUGAAACAGGAAUCUCUGAAGCAACUGCCAGCCAUGAUGAUACAGAGAUGGAGAAGCCUAAGUUCCAUAUGAGUCACUCUAGCCAUAUCUCAGAUUCAGCAAAGGGGCCAGAGCAGUCAAGGGAUGGAAAUCAAUUUGGUUCAAUGAAAAGUACGACAUCCGGGUUGCAUUCCGAAGAGUAUGGAACGGACAUUUUCAACAGUGACUUUGGUAGUCACUGGAAGAAUCUUCAGUAUGGGCGUCUCUGCCAAAACUCACAAAUGCAGCAUCUCUAUCCUCCCCCAGUUUAUGUACCACCAUUACAUUUGCAAGGGCAUAUUCCAUCUGAUGUUCUUCGAUCACCAUAUCCUGGAAGUCCCAAUGUCUUUACUCAUCUAGUGCCUGUUUCAGCUCAGCUGCCAGGUUCCAGUAAGUCUGCUGGUGUAUCAAGGCAGCAUGAUGGAGAAUUUACCAAACACCGCAAUGGAACUGGAACCUACUUUCCAAAUCCAAAGGUUCUCAGGGAUCAACAAUCUUCUACGUCUAGGCAGUAUCAAGGGGAUUAUAAACAUGACAGGAAUGAGCAACACUGGGAAAGGGAUGCAAAUUGGAAUUUCAGCUCAAAGCAACGAUUUUCUGGGCGUGCUCAACCUCGAUAUCGUGCUGACAAGCCAAACUCAAAAGUUGACCGUUCAGUUGCUAGUGGUUCCCAAACUGAAAGGCGUCAUGACAAUUUCCGGAGAAAAUCCUAUCAGUUCUAUCGUUUUCCUAAAGACCCAUCCACUCUGAAACCUACAUGGAAUGUUCACUAUGAUGCUCAUUAUCCGGUGAAUGAGACACAUUCUAAAUACCAUAAUGCGGUUUCUCAAUCUGGCAAUGCUCUUCCCCCGCUUGUUAUGAUUUAUCCUUAUCCUCAGACCGUUGCUUAUGGUACUCGGAUAGAACCAGUGCAGUUUGGUUCUGUUGGACCUCAGCAUUUUGUUGGAGCAGAUGAGAUACAAGAGUUCAGCGGAUAUCACGGCGAGACAGGGCCUCCUUCGCCAGAUUAUGCUUCUCCCCCUAGAUUCCCACGGGAUACCGGAGUUUGAACUUUUGCUGUCCUGCAUAUCGAGUCAAAACGUGGGUUUUUUGUGCUUGGGCAUCUCUUAUGCCAUUAUAAAGCACGGUUUGAAGAAUACCGCCACAACCUUUUGCUCCGGACAUACUAUGGAGAUCUUGGGUCUUAGCCAGCAGCUGCAGCACUUAUAGAUUCGACCUGAGGGCAAUUUUCACUCAGCUUUGCACCUUGGCAUAUCAAUGAAACAAAACUGUAUUCACUCUAUAAUCAACAUCGAGAGAGGGAUUGAUCGCAAUUCAACGAUGUUAAUUUUUAGUGUUUCCUCCAUGAAGUAGAGACGAACCUGAAACUUCAGAAAAAGCUGCUGCCAUCCUAGCAUAUAACAAUGCUAAAUUCAAGGGGCACAUUAUAAAAGACCAGGGCUGUUGUCCCUUUCGAACGGUCCUUUUCUAUCGUAAUAUAGUACUUGUAAUCUGUAUUAGAUUGUAUGUGAAUUGUGAAUUUCAGUUGAAUGUAAUGAGAUUUUUCAAUCUGAAAUCAAAAUAUUUCGAAUAUUAUUCAUUGUUUACCAAA